AUGGGCAACGUCAGCACAAAAGACUAUUCGAGAAACAUCUCCAUCGGCACCAGCUCGAGAAAAGCGCGUUGGGAUGGUCCAGGUCUCCCAGCCCCACCGGGUAAGCCUAUCUUAAUAUCGGGUACGAAUGAAACGCAACCGGACGUUGUGGCAAUACGAUGGGAAAGAUCACCAAGUAAUGGUGGAUCAGCGAUUAUCGGAUACUUGGUCGAACAUCGACGAUUAGGCUCUCCUCAUUGGGUACGAAGCACCUCCGGUCUUUGCGCCUUUCCAGAGUUAACUCUAAGCGGUCUCGAUCCAGGAUGGCGUUAUCAAUUUCGAGUUAGAGCGCAAAAUGCACUCGGACUUUCACAGCCAAGCGAGGUCUCCGAACCACUCAUAGUUACAUUACAAAGAGCGGCUAUCGCUUGUGCUCCUCAUUUCGAUUUGGAGCUUAAGGAUACGAUUGCACUCGAAAAUGAACAGGCCGAGUUUAUCAUACAAUUUUCUGGCACACCAUUGCCAAAAAUUUCAUGGUUCAAGGAUGAUUUUGAGAUUUUCAGUAGUAGACGCACUAGAAUCAUUACGGAUAAUGGCAAGAGCAUUCUCUUGAUUCAUCAGACUGCACUUAAUGAUGAGGGUGAAAUUAAAUGUACCGCUACUAAUCGAGCAGGCCACGUUGCUACCAGAGCUAAAUUAAUUCUCGAAGCGCCUCCGCGGAUACGACUGCCGCGUCAAUAUGAAGACGGUUUGCUUUUCGAGCAAGAUGAAACCAUUAGAUUGAAAAUAUCCUUGGCAGGUAGACCAACGCCUACCAUUAUUUGGUAUCACGACGGAGAGCCGAUAUCCAAAGAUGCUAGACACGUCUUUGAAGAGAUGGAUGGUGAAUCGGUUUUGAAAAUACCAGAUGCUAAACGAAAUGAUCGAGGAGAGUACACUGUCAAAGCCACAAAUAAACUAGGGGAAGACACUGCAUCUUUUCUGGUCACCGUGACAGAUCGACCUGCUGCUCCUAGCAAAAUAACUGUCGCAAUGAGUCUAGGUAGAUCGGUGACGUUAUCGUGGAAAGAACCAGAAGAUGAUGGCGGAUGUAAAAUCGGGACUUAUAUUGUCGAAUACUACAGAAUUGGCUGGGAAGUAUGGCUUAAAGCAACUACGAGCAGACGCACCACUGCAACAUUAACAGAUCUGAUCGAAGAUUCUGAAUACAAAUUUCGCGUGAAAGCCGAAAAUCCUUACGGAGUUAGCGACCCUAGCGAAGAAAGCGAUGUUAUCUUCAUUCCAGAUAUUAAACGAAGAAUUGUAACACCUUCUUUAAGUGAAAAAUCGCAAAGUCAUCGAGAAAUUAGCAGAUCUCGUGGCGAUAAACGAGAAGUGAGUUUUACUAUGCCGGCACAAAGGACCAGAAGCUUAACGAGGGAAGAAGCUAAAAUACGAGAUAAUAAAGAUAACGACCGUUUUGGAUACGACGAGCGAUCAGUUUCAGUGCAACGAUUCACAAUGCCGACUUCUAUGUUGGAUAGAUCGUCUAGAGUAGAUAGCAGAGUGACAUUUGCACUGGACACUUUGGAGAAGGAACAACCUCCGAUUCCUCCAGUCAGAUCAAGAGAGCAUGGUUCCAUAAAACAAUCAAUUCCAGUUUCUAUUGAAAAUCAAACAAAUUGGUCAAAUAAUGUGGUAAAUACGAAAGAUAAGGGUCAAGACAGGAACAAGUUGGUGGCGGUGGUGGCGGAAGACGGUGCAGGUCUUCUUGAGUAA